GUAUCGUUGAUCUUGCGCAAUUUCAUUCCCGUCCAAGAGCUACCAUGUAAUGCGACUCAUGCAUCCGAACAAUGCUCAUGGUUUUGUGGCUCCUGGGCCAACGCCCUGCCAGAACUGACUGCCGACAUGACUGGACCAUUUUCCCAGUGUCUAUACUCGGCCGUGAGCGCUUUGGCACUUGCUAUUACCGCCCAUCGAGACCGUAGAAACUGUCUCAACGCAGUAGUCGCGCAGUAUGAGGACAGUCUCCGCCUUUUAGGAGAAAGUCUUGCAGUUGUGGGAGACACUUACAGAACCGAACUUGUAGCCGCAGUUAUGUGUUUGGCACUGACGGAGGUGCUGUCGCCGACCCAAGAAUCUAGUUGGCUGAUACAUGUGGAAGGUGUCAAUAAGAUGUUUCAACUCAUGCCGCCAGAGCUCUUCGCAUCGGGUAUUGAGCAUACUAUGCUUAUGGGCUUCAGACCGCUUCUAGUACUCAAAGCUUUCAUACUUCGGAAAGCGACAUUCUUCGCAGAUGGAUCCUGGCUUACACUGCCCUUCCAGCAUCACAAAGGUGCCCCGUUACAGAGUCUCUUGGGGGCUGCAGCACACAUCCCGGGUCUCCUGGAGAAAAUCGAUGUUGUACUGCCUACUUCCCCCGAUGCCGCUGCUGUUGGUACGGCUGGGGCAGCCAACCAACUCAUUACAGAGCUCAUGGGGAGCAUAGAACAACUCAAGAACUGGCACGGUGGCUUCCUGGCGAACACCAUGGAACCAAUUUCCUGUAGGCAGAGUGUAGAGCGCGAUCUCGGCGGCACCUACGAGUCGCUAUGGUAUCCAAGCCUCGGUAUUGCCAACGUGUUCGUCUACUUCUGGGCUUUCCAGCUCCUCUGCCUCAACGAGAUUCACGGCCUUUUUGAUCGGUUCCCAGCAUUGAAGCAUGCAGUACAUGACGACGCAGUAUACAGUCCCAAAGCUUUGCGGGAUGAGUGCCUCGAGCUUAGUACGUGCAUAUACAAAAGCAUGGAGUACAUUCUGCAGGAAGACUUCAUGUUAUAUGGUAUCUCGUCAGCGGGUUUCCCGUUGAGCGGAGCAUGUGAGGCGCUUCAGGCAGGCGUCGAUGGUCGAGCGAUCAUGGCGACGCUGGACCCCUCGAUCAUCACUCGAGCCAGACUGAGAAACUUAUAA